CAAGCGAGCGCUGUCUUGGAGGCGCAUGAGGUCAUCUGACGUGCAAGAUGGAUACAGUAGGCCUGCCCGGAUUGAUGGAUGCGGUGUUAGAGUCAAGAAACACGCGGCUCGCAGUGCUGCUCGCCGUCUUUGCGGGGUUUCUGAUUCACGCCCUGUCCAGGAGAAGACAGCAGGGUCAGAAACCCAAGCUGCCACCGGGACCCAAAGGUCUUCCCAUCGUGGGGAACUUAUUUUUCAUCAGCAAGUGCUUCAAGCCUGACCAAUGUGCACAGUGGGCUCGGGAAUAUGGACCAAUAUUCAGGAUCAACAUCGGUAUUGGAAAUGUGGUCAUCCUGAAUGACUUUGAGUCCAUCAAGACGUUCAUGACCAGGAAAGACAUGGUUCACCGUCCCUCUGAUUGGAUCAUCAGGCAUUCCGGAGUUCUGGGUGUGGCGACACUCAACGGCAAACCCUGGGUCGACAACAGACGGGUCUGCUUAAAUGCACUGAGGGAACUUGGCAUUGGUCAGACGUCAAUGAAGGAACGCGUUCGGGAGGAAUGCCAGUACUUGGUCAAGCGGAUAGCCGAAUGGGCCGGCGUUCCGAACCUUCUGGAAGAGUACCUGAAGCCGAGCGUGUCGAACAACAUCACGGCUCUGGUGUUCGGCCGUCGCUACGACUACGACGACGCCAGACGGAAGUACAUGGACGACCGCCUCGACGAAACCAUCGACGUUCUGACUAAAGACUCCAUAGUCUCGGUGCUACCCCUGUGGGCGUUCAACCUGAUGGCGCUCAUUCCGUCUUCCACGUGCAACUUCAUUAAAAGUCUUGGGCAUAAUCUCCUCCAGUAUACCAGAAAUCAAGUCAAGGAAUAUCGGGAGUCACAGACAGAAAAGGGAGAUUGGCAUUUCAUCGACAGUUAUUUGAAGACAAUCAAGGAACACGAAGAUGAUUCGAAUUCCAGUUACACAAUGGAUCACCUCUUGGGAAACGUGCUCAGCUUCUUUGUCGCCGGCUCCACGACAGUCCGCUCGGCGAUACAGUGGAACGUGCUGUACCUGGCCUCUCAGCCCGACAAUCUCCAGUUGAUGAUUCAGCGCGAAAUCGACGAAGUGGUCGGCAAAGAUCGGUCGCCAUCGUGGGAAGACCACGAAAAUAUGCCUCUCACCGUGGCCACCAUAUGGGAGAUGUUCCGCUGGAGGACCGACUCAACCUUUGGCGGACCACGAGAGAUAAUCGAAGACAUCAUCGUCGGCGAGUACAGCAUACCCAAGGGAACGAUGCUCCUGCCCAAUGUCCGGGCUGUACACAGCGAUCCCAGGCUGUGGAAGAACCCAGAAGAUUUUGACCCAUUCCGGUUUCUGAGUGAAGACGGCACCUGUCUCAUCCCGAAGCCAGAAUACCUGAUUCCCUUUUCACUUGGAAGGCGAAUGUGUCCCGGAGAAAUCCUCGGCAUGGCGGAGGUCUUCCUCUACGUGGCGUCCAUCUUUCAGCGAUUUCGGGUUUUGCCCCCGGAAGGCGCGAACAUCAACCUCGCCCCGAGGAGCCAGAAUUUCCACGUUCCGUUUCCGCAGAAGUUGCGCUUUGUUCCGCGGUGUGCAGACAACGUCACACCUCUCUGAAUGGCGCUUUGUAAUGUAAACGAAGAUCUGCCAACGUUUGUAGGUUUUUGUUGUUGUUUUGUUGGACGAGGGAACAUUUAGCUUCCCUUCGUUUCUUGGACAAAGGCUUGGAGCAUGCCCAUCAUUUGAGUUCGGACAGCCACUCACAUGCUCUGCUGACGGUCAUCAAGGCCUCCGCUGUUCCGAAAGCAAGAAAGAUGAAAAGUGACCGCAAGAAGGCGAGAAAGAAAGCCGAGCUGUUUACGUGGUUGGUGUCCAAACCAAAAACGGAUGCGAGAUAAAAAAAAAAAAAAAGUUGCA